AUGUACAAGAUCGCCUAUAAACUGGUGACAGAGCUUGAGUGGAGGUGCUGUCCGGGUUUCCAAGGACACGACUGCAGAGACCUAAAGGGCGUGCCAUCCCGUCAAGAGCAAUCAUCAGGGGGGCAGACGGGCCAAGUGGGUGUGGGGCAGCCCGGGGGUCAGACCACUGAGGGGGGAGUUGGGGGCCAGUGGACAAGGGGACCGACCAAUCAGCAGUUAGAAGAGGAGGUCCAGCGUCUUGCCCAGACGGUCCUGGAUAUGCAGGCUGCCAUGACAACAAUGUCCUCCAACCUGCGCGUGGACGUCCAAGAGGACACCAGUAAGAUGCUGGUCACUCUGCUGAACAACCUGCGGCAGCCUGACAGCGCGAGGGCCGGGGAGACCCAGAGCAUUAGCCUACAGGGCCUCUCACUGGAGCAUGACUACACGGGCAUGGACGAGGUCAUGAGCAAGAUCAAUCAGGUCACCGACACCCUCACUGUGAAGAGCAACGCUCUGGAAGACCUCUUGGGCAGAGUCAAUCAGCAUGAUGGACAGCUCCAGUUGCUUAUGGAGGCCACCCAGGGUCAUCAGGCCACACCCGCUCCUGCUCCACAAGCCAAGGAUGCGUCCCUGCUGGCAUACGUGGACGAGAAGUUUCGCGUCUUGAGGGAUGAGUUGAUGGAGGGCAUGGAGAUCAAGAUGGCCGACCUAAAGAGCUCGUGUGACUACAAGAUCAUGUCUGUGCAGGAGCAGUGUGAGGGCCAAGAGACUAACUACCUCAGCCUGACUGAGCUCCUAGACUCCAAGGAGGGCGACCUUCGCAAGGAGAUCCAGGACCUCAAGCUCCAGUUGCCCAGCUCAGAAAUGGGAGUCGGAGUCGGAUCUCCUGGGAUGGAGGAGUUGAGAAGGGAGGUGGAGAAGCUCUCUGUGAACCAGAUGACUCUCCGGGCCAGUGUAGAGAGAAUGGAAGGGAUCAGCUCUCCCCCCCGGACACCCCACCCCCUGUUGACCCGUGUAGAGGUCCUGGAGAACCAGAAUCUCGAACUGGAGGUCAGCUCUUACAAGACAAGUGUUCAGGGCCUGGAGGACAGACUCCAAGCCCUGGACCAGUUGUUUUCUAAGGAAAAUCCUGCUGUCAUGCUGAACAUUCAGGAGGACCUCCACACCUGCAGGACAAGCCUGGAUGCCAUGCAGAGCAGUGUGAAUGGCCAAUCAGAUAGCUUCAGAGCCAUGGAGGAGAUUGUGCAGGGCCGUCUCCUGAACCACAGUGCAGGCAUCUCAGACAUACAGGGUGAGCUUCAUGUUCUGAGGGGACUUGUGGGGACUCUGGAGGGCUCUCUUUUGGACCUGGGAUCCUCUCUCAGCCAGCAAGCCAGGGAGAUCCAUCGGAUCAACUCCACCUGCAGCCAGGCCAGCACAAGAUCACCCCAGGAUUCAAGAGACCUGCUGGGGUGUGAGGAGCUGAGGGGUAGGCUGGAGGAGAUGGCCAGGGAGAUGAGGGCUGAGGCCGACCGCUGCAGGCAGAGCGCUGAAGGAGUAGAGAAAGAGGUGGCUGGUGUGGACAGCAGAGUGGCCAACGUUGAGAACAUGUGCAGUAAGCUGGAUCCCAUCUCAGGAAGCCUGCAGAGGAUCAAGGAGGGGUUGAACAAGCACGUGACCGGACUGUGGACCUGCAUCGGCCAGCUGAACCGUACUGUGAGAGCUCAGGCCCUGGAUGUAGGAGGACUGAAGGGAACCUGCCAGCACCUGCAGAACCACAUCUCUGACAUGGCAAGGGACCUUCACGACCUGACCAGCAGUCCUCCAGGUAACUCAGGUGUUCGGGUAGGUGUGAAAAACUCUGGCCCCUUCACAUCGUCCAAGCCCCGGGUACCACCCAAGGAGCCCCGCCUAGAACUGGGCCCUGUGGGCCCCUUAGAUUCCCCCCUCCCUGGGCCACAUGUAAUGGAGACUGGGCAGGCAGGCCCCCCUGGAACCAAGGCCUCCUCCAGGCUGCCCAAGGGGACUGAUGGUAGCAUGACCCCCCUCAAGGGCUUCGCAGGAGCCCCGGCUCCUCCACCCAUCUCAACGGUGUCUGUAAAGCCCAGUUUGCCUAUGCUGUCAGGUGAGGGGGUAUCGUUCUCCGCUGGUCUGAACAUCCAGUCUUUCCCUGGCGAGGUUGGAAUCAUACGCUUCAACAAGGUGCUUGUCAAUGAUGGGAGACACUACGACCCUCAGACAGGGAUCUUCACUGCUCCUGUGGAGGGCUGCUACCUGAUCAGUGCCGUGCUGACAGCCCAAAGAGGAGAACACGUGGAUGCCGUCCUCUCGGUGUCCAAUCGCAGCAUCCAGAGGCUGGACACGGCAGGUUACCGGGCAGAUUUGGCCAGACCUAGACCAAUCAAAGAGGGGAGAUGUGACUGUGGAGGCUCUGCCUCUUUGAGCCUCGUGCUCACCCUGAAGAGAGGGGACAAGCUGGGGCUUGUCAUGACCGCUGGGAAACUAGCCAUCACUGAGUCCACAGAGGUUCUGUCCACUUUCAGUGGCGUCUUCCUCUACCCUCCUCCCUCCCACAGAUAA